CAGCCAGAAUGAAAAAGAUCAAGGAACCAGCCUCUUAUCAGAGUAUGUCACAGGCCCAUCUGUCCCUACCACCUCCAGACCAGGAUCCAGCUUUCAUGGAUUUCAAAGAAGCACCAAUCUCAUUGUUCCCUCAGUGAAGGAUAACCCCACAGUUUCCCCCCCUCCUUACAGUCCAGUAAGACUUUGAACUGUAUCCUUAGAAGGGUACCCCCGGACAAAGGUCUCCUCUCCUGCUGAACAAGUUACAAUGAAGAUGAGGUUUUUCACAUGCCUCCAGGUCUCCAUUGUGAGCUCUUCUCUGGCUGGUUACAUCAUCUUCUUCAUUUUGCUACCUGCUCACACACUGGAAUCAGCUCACUUUCAAGUGAUUGGACCUGACCACCCCAUAAUAGCCACUGCAGGUGAGGAGAUUGUGUUACCCUGUCACCUGUCCCCUAGGAUGAGUGCAGAGAACAUGGAGGUGAGAUGGUUCAGAUACCAAUUCUCUUCAGUCGUGCACCUGUAUCGGCCUGGGAAGGAACUGAAUGUUUUGCAGAUGUCAGAAUAUCAGGGAAGGACAGAAUUUCUGAGAGACAGCAUCAGAGAUGGAAAUGUUUCCUUGAGAAUACAAUAUAUCAGACCCUCUGACGAAGGACAAUAUACAUGUUUUUUUCAAUCAAGUUAUUUUUAUGGAGAAGCUGUAUUGGAACUGAAGGUAGCAGGCCUAGGCUCCAAUCCUCUCAUGUCUGUUGAUGGAUACCAAGAAGGAGGGAUUCGAGUCAUGUGUCAGUCAUCAGGAUGGUAUCCAGAGCCCGAGGUCCUUUGGCGAAGUCUCAGCGGGCAGCAUUUACCUUCUUUUUCUGAGUCAAAAUCCAGAGGAGAGAGUGGCCUCUUUGAAACACAGACUUCUAUUAUUAUAACAGAGAAUUCAAACCAGAACAUAUCCUGCCUCAUCAGGAACACUCACUUCAACCAUGAAAAAGAAUCAACAAUUUUUAUAUCAGAUCCCUUUUCCCCAAGAGUCUCUCCCUGGAUGGUGGCGCUGUGUGUGAUUCUGGUGGUUUUAGUUGGUUUCAUUGGUCUCACUGCUUAUCUCUUCAGAUUAAAAGGGAAACAUCUUGAAAACAACACUAAACUUCAAACAGAACUUGACUGGAGAAGAUCCUUAAAUGAUGCAGCGAAUGUGACUCUGGAUCCAGACACAGCUCAUCCCCUACUUAUCGUGUCUGCGGAUCAGAAAAGUGUAAGAUGGGCAGAAACAGGGCAGGAUCUGCCUAACAACUCUGAGAGAUUUGAUUCUUGGGCCUGUGUGUUGGGCUGUGAGGGAUUCAACUCGGGGAGACAUUACUGGGAGGUGGAGAUGGAGGUGGAGGUCGGGGAUGGGGGAUACUGGGCUGUGGGGGUGGCUAAAGAGGCUGUGGAGAGGAAGAGAUGGAUCAGCCAUAGCCCUGAGGGGGGGAUCUGGGCUGUUGGGCGGCCUGGGGGUCAGUACCAGGCUCUCACCUCCCCUACGACUCCUCUGUCCCUGAGCCGGACCCCCAGCAGGAUCCGGGUUUGUCUGGACUGUGAACAGGGGCAGGUGACAUUUAUUGAUGCUGGUGAUGAGGCCCUGAUCUUCACUUUCCCACCAGGAUCUAUCCCUGGGGAGAAAAUCCAACCCUCGCUCUUGGUGGGGAUAGGAUCCCAGAUCAGCCUGUCUCAUUGAGAUAUGGUGUAUGGGGGAGAACAUUCCACUGGUGGCCCUGAGCAGGGCCGGCUUUAGGCCAAUUCCACCAAUU